AUGGGUGCUAAGGCCGGAACUUUCCCAACCAACCUGGAGCAAUCUACUGGGAUCAAAAAAUACAAAAUCCUUUCCCGCAUGGAAGUGGACUCGCAUUACACCUUGUACAUGAAGGUGUCAUCUUCCCGACCCCAAAGAUGUUCAGAGUGCGGCUGCGCCUACAUUGUCGACUUCCAAGGCAACCCGCAUGAACACGGCAAUGAAGAACCCAAAUUAUUGGUUCUUCAUGAACAUCCUGGAGAAAAGCCCCAACUGAAGUGGGGCUGGGGUGACAUGACCACCCAUGACGGUGGAAAUCAACGCUGA